CAUUCGAUACUCCUCCAGGGUUAUCGUUACACUGUCAGCUACCAUUAUUUACAAGCUCCAUCACACUCCUUCGUUAUCUCUUUGUCCUCAGCACACACAAAGGUAUUAUCAGAUGGUUAAGAUGGAAAUCAUCUCCAAGGAGUCCAUCAAACCUUCCUCUAAAACACCCGAUCGCCUCAGAACCUUUCGACUCUCAAUGUUAGAUCAAUUCACUCCACCUUCCAGCUAUGUCCCUCUUAUUCUUUACUACUCAUAUGAUGAGAGUACUAGCAACGUCAAGCAAGCCAAGACUUCGUCUCUCCUAAAAAGAUCGCUCUCGGAUGCCUUAUCUCUCUACUACCCAUUAGCUGGAAGGAUGACAAGUGAAAGCGCUGUCGAUUACAACGAUCAAGGCGUUGAUUUCUUAGAAGCCCGGGUUGAUGCCAGCCUCUCAGAAAUCCUCAGGCGUCCGCAAGUUAAAGUAUUGACUCAAUUUGUUCCAAGCACAAGUGAAGGAAGUGGUGGUUUCCUAUUGGGCAUUCAGUCGAACUACUUCAACUGUGGGGGUAUAGCUAUUGUUAUCUCCAUUUCCCACAGAACUGCUGAUGCAUGCACCUUGAGCAUGUUUGUUAAGGCAUGGGCAGCCACGGCUCGUGGCAAUACCAAUACGGUGACGCCCAGUUUCGUCACGUCCUCUCUCUUCCCGCCCAAAAAACGGUUUGGGCAGCCGAUGAGUUUUGAAAGCCCGAAACAUUGGGCAGACACUCGAAGGUUCUGCUUCAGUAGCUCAAAAAUAGCUGCUUUGAGAGCUGAAGUUGGGGCCACUGUGGUUCAGCCUACCCGUGUUGAGGUUGUAACGGCAACGAUUUGGAAGCGCGCCAUGGCUCAAAAAGGGCGUGACCAAUGCCGCCGGUCAGUGGCGUGUCAUGCGGUGAAUAUAAGGGGGAGGAUGGACCCGCCUUUACCGGAAUGUACAUUCGGGAACCUCGUCUGGGGAGCAGAUGUGUCGGGAUACCGUGAGCUGGAUUUGGGUGAGCUGGUGAGCAAGAUGAGAGAAGCGGUUGGGAAAAUUGACGGCGAGUUUUUGAAAGAGUUGCAAGGGGAAAAUGGAUAUGAUGUGGCUGUGAGACAUUCUAACAAGGCAGUGGAGUGGUUCUUGGACAAGGAAGUGGAUUGCUUCCUGUUUACUAGUUGGUGUAGGUUCCCGUUUUACGAGUCGGAUUUCAGUUGGGGGUAAGCCUAUCUGGGUGAGUAGUGCAAGUUGGGCUGCUCUGAACACGAUUGUGCUGAUGGAUUCCAUGACCGAUAUUGACGGAAUAGAAGCAUGGUUCACAAUGGCCGAAGACUGUACAUAUGAUGAAAUUUGAAGAGGCGGCCAAGCUCCUAUCCGCCUCUUCAAAUUUCAGUUGUUAUGCCUUCGUUAUGCAUUUCGGUUUCUCUCUAAACAACUUCCAUUUCCAUUUCCAGUUUGAUGGUAACUUCUUCUUCUUCUCUUGUUGCUUUCUGUCUUCUUUCUGCUUUUGAAGUGAAAAUUUUUAGAUGGUAAUAAUCAAAACAUACAAGGAAUGUUUCUUUUGGGGUAAUUUGAAUCAAUUUCGCCAAACGCAACUUUUAAUCACAUGGCCUGGACUACAAAUCGGAGCUUCCUUCCACAACG